AUGACGGAUCAGAAAGAUCAACACUCAGAUACUCCUCCCACCGACGAAUCAACUCGUCUCCCUCUCAAGAAGAGAGGCUACGCAGAGAAAACACUUCCUAGGUUAAACAACGACGGUGAUUGCUUCUUCCCCACGGACAAGGACGACAUGAAGCCCGACGUUCUCAGGAAGAACGCUUACUAUGACGCUCUCAAGGCCUUCUCCGCAGAGUCUUCUGCAGUAUCUGCCCCAAGGAUUAUGCUCAUCAAAGAACUCAAGAGCGCACUGUACAUCGACCAGAAUACUCACACCGAUUUACAGAAGAAAAUCAAAGCUGAUUCACUUGUCCAAGAACUGAGGGGAACUUCAAUAGGUUCUUCUGAGAAGGAGAAAGUCACUGACGCUGAGGAUGCGAAGAGUACUUCCGUAGAAGGAGAAGCACCAAAGCCACGUCUCAUAGUGAACAAGCAACACGUACUCAAACUUCAAGAAAGCUUCAACGUAGCUCCUGCAAAGAUCCAGCAAGAAACGGCUGAACCGAGUGCUACUACUACUCCUGCAAAGAUCCAAAAAGAGAAGGCAGAUGCUAAUUUCCCAAGCUGGGGCCAUGUUUCUCCUGAGUCUCUUGUUAACAACAUCAUCACUAUAAGCAUCGAUGGUGAAGAAGACUGCGUUACAUUCAAAAUCAAAGCCUAUGACCCAGUAACGGAAAUGCACCAGCUGGUGCCUUUAUCAAGGAACAAGGAAGUGAACGACCCCUUGGACUGGAUUGAUAUUAGAUAUUUUCCAAGAGAAGAUAUUAUAUGGCAACAUGAGCAUCCCGGGUUUACAACACGCAACUCGUAUCUUAAACCAGGCCAAACUCUCUUGAACGCAACCGCUACAUCUCGUGAAAAGACGCCAAUUAGAGAGGUUGGAAGAUCUGCCAGUGGGAUUCCUAUCAUCAAGAAACUUGAUAAGGGAAAAGCUAUAGUGCAGUAA